GUUAACAGUUUCUUUUAUAAAUAAACAAUAAUGGCAAUUAUGCGCUGUUGUCAUUCUGCUUUAUAUAAUUCCUAUAAAAAUAAAAUCUGUCAUGACCAAAACAUGCAGGUUAAAACAUGUACAAAUGAAUGGAAUGUAACUUUAAGUAGAUCAACAAGUAGACUUGAAUAUUAUUUUAAUCAACUUCAUUUAUCAACGUUAACUAUAGGAAUUAUUUCAAUUAUUGCAAUAACAUGUAUUGUGGUGUGCUGUUUACUAUUGCUUUUAUAUUGCUAUAAACGCAAUGCUAGAAUAGAUAAUGACGAUGAUGAAAGAAGACAUUUAUUAGGCUCAUCUCAAAAUCUUUUAAGAAGAACAUCAACAUAUUAUCAAUGGAAUAAAUCGCCACUACCGCAGGAUAAUAAAAAGAUUACAUCAAAUAAUAAAUCAUCUUUAGUGAAUAAUAGCACUUCAGUACCUAGAUUAUUAUCAGAAGAGGAAGAACCAGUAGAUAAUAAAAGUUGGGAGAGUAGACGCAAGACAUUGUUGAAGAAAUAUGAACGUAAAUCAUCAUCAACAGUUGAAUAAAGUAAAAUGGAUAUCUCAUAAAAGAAAAAGGCUUCUUUAUGGUAUUAUAUUUCUACUAGUAAGUAUUUUCAAGUUUUCUCUUCAAAGUAAAGUAUAAUCAUAUUCGAUACAAUGCUUUGUUGUAUAUUUUGUGUAAAAAAAAACCCCAGUAGUUAUCCUUUACUACUUUAAAUUUGUUCAUCAAUAUCAAGCUUUUUUCCUUUUUUUGAUUGUUG